GCUGGACCCGCUUCUUGCCCCCUCCUCCGUACCCCUGGCCAUGGCGGAGGGGGAGACGCACCGUGUUGUUUAUCAGCAGCUGCGGGAGGUCAUCGUCGAGCAGCAGCGGAAGAUUUGUGCUUUCGAGGAGCUGGUAAAACAGCGAGAAGAGAAAACUGUAUGCAGAAAGGAACUUGAAGACGUUGUGAAAGAGUUGGAGGAUGAAAAACUUGAGCAUGCUAAAACUAAAGCAUUGCUUACCAAGGAAUCUGAAAAACUGCAGUUUGCACUUGGUGAAAUAGAGAUUCUGAUGAAACAGCUAGAUCGGGAAAAGAAGGCCUUUGAAAAUGCAUUGGAAAGCAUUAAAAACAAAGCAUUAAAAGAGUCAACAAAAAAUGACAAGUUGAUAAGCAAAUGCAAUGAGAUUGAGAAUCUGGUGGAAAAACAAGAUGGUAUUUUGACUGUCAAAGAGGGUCAGAUUAAAAAACUUAGUCAUCUUCUUGAAAAGCAGAAAAAUACUUUGAGGCAACAGGUUACUGACUUUGAAAUACAGAAGCAGCAAGAUGCCUAUAUAGCACGAGUACUGAAAGACAAAAAGAGGAAGACAUUUGGAAAGUUUCAUCAUGCCCCUAAGUAGCAAGUUGCACACAUUUGUAAAUAAACAGGCAUUUUUAUUA